UAGGACAAGCUGAAUGUAAGCAUAAAAGGGGAAGGAAUUGAGUGCUCUGUAAAGAGUCAACACUGAAGGUCAUGCUGGCCGGUUUAACACAGGAAAGGUGCAUUAUCCUGGAGAAGCCUUCAUUUUUGUACUGUCUGGUCUGGUCACUUGACAGCAGAGACAGAUUCUUCCAAGUUUGUUGAUGCUGAGCGGUGAUGUGUUCAAAUAUCCUCGCAAACAGCUGAAUCGAAUAGUUCUGUGUUUUGUGGCAAACGGGUGCAGCGUGCUAGUACACUGCAGAAAGUAAUUGCGACAAAUAAGAUCGCAUUUGGUUUCAACCAUCCUCUUGUCUCGUUGACAUCAUGCUGUGUAUUGCUUGAUGUCAUUUUUUCACUGGUUUGCUCUACUUAAAUGUUGGCUCACAGCUUGUAUAUAAAUUGGAUUUUUGUUUGUUUGUGUAAUUAGCAUUGAAGUAGAUUUGGAUUCCAUUUGUGUGUAGAAAUAACUAGCCCUUUAGAUUUUAGAAAUCGAGUAUAUGGCAUUUUUUUCAUUCAGUCUUUUCAAAGUUUCAGGUAAGGUUAAAUUCUUGUGACAUAUUUUGGCUGGUAACAAAUGAAAAGAAUCCUUUCAUUUUUUCAUUAGAAAGGUUGCCACGUUGUGGCUUUUUAAAAAAUGUUUUUCUUAGAAAGUGACAUGACUUGUCUUUCCGUAAUGCUAAAAUCUUUCAAAAAUGCUUGCAUUUUUUUGAAGAAGAUUUCUUUAGGAAUUUGUAAAUCGAUGGCAUUGCCUUUUUUCUGUUACUCAUUCUUUUUUUAAAAUCUUUUCAACGUGCCUGUCAAAACGGCAUUUUUAUUGAAAUUGUGUAAAAGGGGGGUUGGGCGGAGCAGAGCAAUUGUGAUGUGAAUAUAGACCUUGUAGGUUUAAGAGCCACAUGGAAGAUCUUUAGUUGAUAACCUACUUUGCCAUAUACAAUGAAUAUAUCAUUCAGCCUGGCUCACCGUCCCGUGAGUCAGUUGUUCCUGAGCGCCGGGAUACCCACCCCGUCGUUGAGGCUGCACCCACAGCAAAGCAAAGUACGGCACACCAGAGCAUUCUUCCCACAACAGGAGAGCAGCGUGUCCUCCUCGUCCCCACGGCUGGCUGAGGUCAGCACCUCCCGUCGCAGGAAAGUGGAUUCCUCCAGCGAGCGACCCAGAUCCUCCUCACUCAGCCCUGCCAGAUCCGGCUCCCCAUCUCCUAAGAAGAAAGACGCACGUUCCCCUUCACCCCAGUCCUUGUCCGGCAGCGAGCGGUCCAGGUCACCCACCCCUAAGCCCAAGUCGUCAAGUCGAGCCCGGGAAUCCAGGUCAAGAUCGGCAUCCCCGGCAAAGAGGAAGCAGAAAUCCAGUCGCCGUUCCCGGUCCGCCACGCCCAAGAAAUCCAGACGGAGAUCGCGGAGCCGGUCCCCAAGGCGGAGACGGCGCCACAGUUCCCGCUCUCGGUCACGCUCACCAGCUCGACGCCGCAAAUUAUCACGGUCUCGCAAGAGGUCGAGUUCGAGGUCUCGGAAGAGAUCGCGAUCUAGAUCUAAUAGACGAUCCAGGUCACGGUCUAAGAAGAGAUCUGGCACACCGAAACGGCGUAGAAGAUCAAGGUCCCGAAGCCCGCGGAAACGAAGACCAAGAUCCAGAUCACGUUCUCCACGUCGCCGGCGCUCAAGAUCCAGAUCCCCCAGAAGGCGCCGGCGCAGCCGCAGCCGUAGCCGCAGCCGCUCACCCACCCCGAUGACCCGGGUGAGGGACCCGGCUAUGCAUGCCCAGGAGGCCCUGGCCCGUCGGCUGGAGCGGGCCAAGAAGCUGAUGGAGAUGAAGGAGAAGCGAGAGAAGGAGGAGAAAGAGAAGGUCCUGAAGGAGGAGAAGGAUUCGGCCAUGGAGAAAGAGAUUGCCAAAGGAGUGGAAAAGGCAGCCACCAGCCUGAACCCACCCCCUCUGAUGUCCCUGACUCCGCUAGCCAUAGACCCCUUGAUCCAGGCCGCUGCAGCUGCUGCAGCCAUGCAGGCUAAAGUCCUGGCUGAGACUGGUGUCAGCGUGCCCAAGUACUACAACCCUCUCGCCGUCAACCCCGUGCAGAUCGCUGAGCAGACACGUAAGAGGAAGCUGCUGUGGUCUGGCAAGAAGGAUGAGAUGGCUGAGAAGCCAUCCAGCAACCAGUGGGAGAAGACAGCGUUUGGUGACGAUGCCACCAAGGCCAAGUUCCGCCGACUGAUGGGAAUCAAGGAGGGCGAAGAGGAAGGGGAGAAGGAAACAGUCGAAUCUGAAGAAACGGUUCGCAAGCAGGAGGAGCAGGCCAGGCUUUUCAAGCAGCUGGACCAGGAGUACGAGAUCGCCCGGGUCAAGACCCACACUCAGCGGAGCUUUGGGCUGGGCUUUGGCACCAGUGGGAUGCCAGUGGCCGCCCCAGCCCAAACCCAACCCGCAGCCCCAGCCCCUCCCCCAACCACAUCCACCUAGGUUGGGCCAUAUCUCUGUUUACCAGUGACAAGACAGGAGUAUCUUGCGUGAAAGUACAAACUCAGAAAAUGUUAAACCUUUUGAUGAAUUUCAGUGAAUGCGGUAAUAUAACAGUGUGUUUAAGUUUUAAGAAUCUAUGAGCGAGUUUCCAGAGUGUGGAUUUCUGGUGUGUUUAAUUCUUUUGUUCUUUAUAUUGUAGAUCUCUCGUUGAUUUGUUUUCUAUCUUGUGUUUUUUUAUAAUUAGCAAGGCAAUUUGAAAACAAACCUCUAAAAGACAGCCUUUAAUUUUUGCACCAAAUAUAGGAGGGCCGUAGCCGACUAGGUCGCGAUUUUUUGUUGCGUUAGGAUCUUAAAUUUUAAUUUUCAUGCUGUUCCGCAGUUAAUGCACGAAGCACCUGUAAAAUGAGUAUUUUUUGGACCUAGCGAGGACCUUCAACCAUUGCGUGUGCAUGCUCAUGGCACAGAUUAAUCCUGAGUAACUGUGCAAGCAUACAGGGGCUUCUCAUGAGUACUUUGCGCACAACACCGGGGAAGUUAAAGUGACGACCACAUGUGGACCACCAGUUGGUUUUCCCUGGUAACGUGUGCAUAAAAUGCAUCUUGGGUACCAGGCUAAGUUGACCAGUGGUUCACAAAAGGCAGUCACUGGAACUUGUCUGUCAGUAGUGUUGAGUGUCAGCCCUGCUUCUCUGUUUGUCAACAGUGAGGGGGUACUUCUGAACGGACCCCAUUCAUGUGAAUCAUAUUGUAAUGCAGUCAACUUACGCCUCACUUAGGACAUAGAGCGUUCAGUUUUGACCUGCACUUAAAAGCUGCUGCCAUUUACAGAAUUUGAAGCUCAGCAUUCUUGUUAAUGACAUCAGGCAAGUUGGAGUGAUGACUACAGUUGCCUAUAUCGCCCAAAUGAUGGAUGGCUUGGACCAUCUAGUCAGCCAUUUGGCACCAGGCCCUGGGGCUUGGCUGCACAGCUGCUUACUAAUUUUUAUGAAUGCAGAGGGAACCAUUGACAUUAAAAUACUUGGAGAUGUCGUCAACUAUGAGCAUUGUGAGAAUUGCAGCCAACGGCAUAAUGAGAGCGACAAUAGUAGAUUUUGCAAAAUAGUUCAGCGAGGGAUGUUCAAGCAAAACUGUAUUUCACUUGCUUAUUUUUAUAAAGCAUUUGACUCGCGGUAGGAUGUUUGUGCCCCAACUUGCCCCAUACUGUACAGGAUGCUGGUCUUGUAGUUGGAUAAGUCAAUCAUGUGAAAUGUGUUGGAACAUCAUGGGUUAAGUAUGUCAUUGGGGAUUGCAUGCUUUGUACUACAGCAGUGGUCUGAUGAUUAGACAGGAAUAUGUCUCCAAUGAAGACUUCAUUUGUUAUCUGUAAGCUGCUACAGUAACCAGUGCCCAAUCUCGUGGCUGGCUGCUUCCUGGAACAAAUUUGUGGGAAUGGUUCAGUGCAUUUCACAUCCUAAGGAGGGAUUUCGGCCUGCUCACAAGCACACAUCCUGCAAUGUAGGAUUCUGUGUGUUAAGUGGGGUUCUUAGCACAGAAUGGUGACCGCAAAUGUAGAACAGGUCAUUGAUACAGAGAGCUGUGCAAUUGGGUCCAGAACUCAAUGCAAGAUCUACUUUUGGGGUAUCAAGUUUAAUAAGCUAGUGAGAUAAGAGUGAUCAUUUUUUUCAGUGUUGAGAUAGCAAAAACGGUUUUGCUUGUAACCACAAAUGGUUCUUAACUAGGAGUAUAUGUGUCCUGUUCCCAGGAAAUCAGAGUUGCUAAAGGCUAAAUUGAAAUUUUGUAUUUUUGAGUUCUAUGGUUGUCAGCUUUCCAAUAAAACAUCUUAAUUUUUCACCCCUCCUCAUAUCUCCUACAAAAGCGAUCAAUACCUUAUCAUUGCCUAAUCUAUUAAAAUUUUAUCUGUAAGCAUUUCUAUUCUGUUCUACUUUGUCCAGGUUUUGCAGGAGCGAUUUCCUGAAUUUUCAUAAUUUGGAGUAAAUUUCACUCAACUUUUUUUGUGCUUUAUUGAACCAAGUGUCAUUAACGUCUGUGACUGUCUAGUCGCCAGUUCCCAAAUUUCACCAGCUAUAGUCAAAUCUGAUUGAUUUUCACAGUAAGUGGCAAAAUGAGGGACCUGGCGACUACACAUUCAUGGACGUUAGGCACCCAGUUUGUCUCAGUACAUGUUUUUGCCAGAGCAGUGCUAGUACACUUUGGCUUUCUGUUAUGAUGCUAUUCAAAGAUUUGUCUCCAACGUGAAAGAUUCUGGCAGAACUUUAACUGUUAUAACGGGACCUGCUCUAACAAAAGCAGGACAGGUCCCAAAAUAUUCCUUCCCUCUCAGAGUAUCCAACUGUCAACCCACAACUAUCACCGAGAUAUUGGAAGGGAACAAUCGGACUCCCCUGUGAGUGCUUCAACUUCAAGUUUGUUUACACAAACUGAAUACUUAUAACCCUUGUCCAAGCAAGCCAGGUUUUGUAGAAGGGGCAUGAUAACGUACAUGUGUAAACAGGUGCAUUUUUGUUUUUGUUGCUGGACAGAUUAUGAACCUACCUGUCUUUUUUCUUUUGUGAACAAAGAAUGCAGUUGAGAAAAAAAUCCCCCACAGAGCUUUUGCACAUUUUGUAUUUUCAUUGUUGAAACGGUGUAUAUAUGGGAGGUACGAAUCAUAUGCUUGAUCCAGUUGAUUUAAUGCAUAGUCAUUGGCUUGAAAUUGUACUGUUAAAUAUAUCGUUAGUGUAGUGAACAAACUCUAGUCUAGACUUUGGAAGGAAGUUCAAGAAAAGAAUCAUUUGUUAUUGGUCAUUUUGCAAGAUAUAAAAAUCCAUAACUGCAUCAACAACUAGUUUGUCUCUUUUUUUCCAGAGGAAAUUAUAAUAAUGCACGAUUAAACAACCUCAAAUCUGUUGGCAGCCCUGAGUUUUGUAUGUUACGCAGAUGGUGAGAGUUAACUCACAUUAUGCUAUUUCUCCUAUCAGUACCUGUUGAUGCAGUGGAUUGUAAAUAAGUUUUGGUGGGUUUAAAGUUAAGCUCAUUACAAUUUCCAUUAAACACCCCUAGCUUUCCACAGCAUGGAAUCUCUCCAGAUGGCUCACUAACAUUUGUAUUAAUUGAAUGCUGGUGAGUUAAUAUCGUGGGCCAGUUUUAUUGAGGCAACUAAGCACAGUAAAAGUUUGCUUAGCUUAAAUAAGGUUACCUAUCACCUAGCCAUAGAGGGUACAUGUGUGUUUAGCUUGGAACUGGCUUUCUGCCAGCUCUUGCUUAAUAUGUAGAUUCAUCGGUUUUUGUAACAGUUCCCGCAAAUUUAGGUCAAAAUGUUAUGCGUUCAUGUAGAGCAUCCUCCGAAUAUGGUGCAUGCUUUCUGAAUAUGCAUGCUACUUUGAUGAUUUGCACGCACAUUGGAAUGUACAAGUAGGUUUAGAGUACAUGUACCAAUGCAGGCUCACAGGUACUUGAUUUUCCCCACAAUAAGGCAUGUGCCUGUUGGAAUUACAUUAAGAUCUUUAAAUGUUAGCAUGUAAAUGUAGUCUUGAAUAGAAUGUUUUGCUGCUAGUAUUUCAUUUCUUCUAUUAAAAUAUGAUUACCAAUUUCAGAAAACUCAA